CCGAAAUACCCGAAAAUCCAAAAUACCCAACCCGAACCCGAACGGGUACCCGAACACCCACCCCUAGAAUAAACUGUUUUGGUAAUAGAAACUCUUCUAUUGUGUUAUAAAAAACAUAAAACUGUCUCCCAAUGUAAUAUUCUCUUCUUUCUUCCUCUUCGAAUCCCAAUCACUCUAUCUUCUCUCUCACUUUUGAUCUCCAUCUCCUUCUCUUUACAAAGAGGUUGAUAUCUGGCGUGGGAGUAAUCGUUUCGGAUCCAUGGCUACAAAGCCAGCUCAUGCAAGUCGAGCUUCAUUCUCUCAAUUCCAAGUUUGCGGCGUUGAAGAAUUAGAGAAAUAAGGUUACGUUAGAGGAUCUUCCACCUGUGUUGGUGAAGGUGAAGUCACUCACCUAUGCGUUCAAGGAGAAAGAAAUCAAAGAGAUCUUACCAGAUUUGGCUUCUGAUUAGUUUUGUGAAUCCCUUUCGAUGUCUUAAAUGUGUUUCUUGGACUCGAAGAUAACUAAGAUAAUGUUUGUUUGUAUGAGCUUGUGAAAGAUGGUGUGCUUCUAUGUAAGUUUAUUAAUAUAGCAGUUUAUUAAUAUGGCAAUUCCUGGGACGAUUGAUGAACGAGCCAUCAACACGAAGAGAGUACUUAACUGUGGGAGAGAGAUGAAAAUCAUACGCUCUGUCUCAACUCUGCUAGAGCUGUUGGAAGCAACAUGGUUAAUAUUGGGACACAUGACCUAGCUGAAGGAUGGCCUCAUCUUGUGCUUGGAUUGAUCUCACAACUCAUAAAGUUUCAGCUCCUCGCUCAUCUUAGUUUGAAGAAGAUGCCUCAGCUUAUUGAGUUGGUGGUGAGGACAACCAAGUAAUGAUUAAGCAUAUCUCUUUUUGAAUUUUGACUAAUGUAUAUGUGUGUUGUAAAUAACAAUAAAUAGUUUCAUGUCUGUUGCAUGAUAUAGAAGAACUUCUGAGAUUACUCCCGGAGAAAAUCUUACUCAAAUGGUUGAACUUCCAUCUCUAGAAAGGUGGCUACAAAAAAACCAUUGGAAACUUUUCUUCAGAUUUGAAAGCAUAUAUAUAGUUUUCCAAGUACCAACUAGAUUUAUGUUUUUCUUUCAUGUUUAUUUAAAAUUUUUAAUUAUAAAUUUGUAUUCCUAUUUUUAAUAUGUUUUUAUGUCAUAUUUGUUUAAAUUUUAUAAAAUCCAACAAUUUAUGAGUUUUUUAAAAUUUAAAUCUAAUAAUUCAAUUUCUAAAAUUAAAAGAAAAAAAUGAUUUUUAAAAACCUGAGAGGAGUUCUACCAUUUAAUUAAAGAGAAAACAGCCAUUAAAAUCCCAAACUUUCAGAUUAAAGCCAAAAAAACCUCAAACUCAUGUUUAAGCCAAAAUAAUCACCAACUUUCAAAUAUUGGUCAUUUUAAAUUUCAUAUUUUGUUGACUCGGUCAUUUAAGAGCUCCGAAUAGUCAACCGUUAAAUUUGAUUAAAAAUAAAUGCAUGUUAACUCUAUAAACGACAUCAUUUUAAAAAUCGAUUAAAACAUUGAUCAACCGAGGUUUUGUUUUCUUCUGAAACACUUAAAACAUUUCUUUCGCGAGACCAAAGUGAAGAAGAUGAAGUUGAUUUGGGGCUCUAGUUUUGCGAAAGAGAUGAUUUGAGUGUUUCCAGAAGCAAAAAGACGUCAUUUAAUCAAUGUUUUAAUCAGUUUUAUAAGAAAAAUAUUGUUUGGAUAGUUAAUAGACGUUUAGUUUUAAUUGAUUUUAACAAUUGACUAUUCGGGUUUCUUAAACGGCAGAGUCAACAAAAUAUGAGAAUUAAAAUCUAUAUAUAUAUAAAAUUGUUUGCCUCUCUCCUGUGCCUCCAGCCUGGAAAGUCGAAGCUUCUGGUGUCAACACGUGUCCCACCUUGCCAAAACACAUCGUUUCAUUUAAGUUAUUCUAUGUACAGGUGGGCUUCGUGUUCUUUAUGGGCCUUAUUUCUUGCACAACUGACCCAGCCCGUGCUGAUACCUCUAAGUGAAAACACGGCGUUUUAAUAUUAGGGUUGAACCAGUUUUUAUCUUCGUCGUUCUUGAUUGAGUAACAACCUCGAAUUUGAUAGCGUUCUUCCAUCUUCUUGCUGACGAUCCCAAGCUACCUGUUACAGAUUCAUCCUUGAUUUGAAGGUUGGGCGUUAUUCUUCCACAGUCUGGGUCUGACUUUUAAAGUUCCGGGAAGAGAGAACGUGAUACGCGGUGGUGAGAGCAUAUAGGUGUGGACAUGCUUCUCCUCGGCGCUAAGGUUAUUCCGUUCUUUAUACUCAUGAUCAUCGGAGUUUUUAAACAAAAUCCAGUGUCUAAUCUCAGAAUUUUCAUACUUUUGUUUCCAAAUCUUUAUUUUAACUUCCUGCAGUGAAGUGGUUGAGGACUGUAAUAGUAGUGCACAAGCCGCAGGGUUGCUUCUCAGAGUAACUAUAAGCUUUGGCAAUGAGUGUAGUUUUGACUUUACUAACGUUUCAUGUUAUUUUCUGAGUCUUCUUGGAUUUGGUUUUGUUUGCUUUACGAAAGAUCAUUAAGCAGGCUAAAAGGGAGAAUGAAAGAUUGUUUGCUUUGAGUUGAAACUUCUAAGUUAACUCUAAUCUUAUUCUUUUAGGCAACUGGUGCUAUGGCUCAAAUUCUGCGCAGAAGAUAGCGUCUCAAGAACCAAGUGAUUAUACAAAUAUGUCCCAUGUGACUGGUUAGACAGAUUCCAUUUCCAUUUAUUCAAAUAACUUGAAACAAACUGUAGUCUCAGAUGUGAGGUUAACUCUGAAGAUGAGGAAAUCACCAUGGAUAGGUUUCAGAAUGAGUUGGAGAAAUCAAACGCCACUGGGUUGAAUGAUCAAAAGGCCAACAGUGAAGCUGAUGAAAAGGCCAACAUUGAAGCUGGUGAAUCUGAGGCAGAUGACAAAGAUAAAUCUGACUCUUAACUCUGAUGUGUUUUAGAUGGGUUCAGAUGACGAUGAGGAUGACUCGGAAAAAGAAGAGGAAACACCUUAAAGGAAUAAAGAGUGGAACCACUGAGCAAGAGACCCAAUGGUGGAGCAAUAAACAACAACAACACAAAUGUGUCAAAGAAUCCAAAGAUGCAAGUCAGCAUAAGCCGUUAGGAGGGAAUACAUGCACAAGUGCGGCGGUGUUUGUCCUCCAAAAAGAAACCAGAGAACGAGCCAAGUCACAUUUUUCAUAAAAAGUUUUAAUACUUUUUUCCUAUUGGUGAAUGGUUGAGUGGGUGAGUGAGGAUUUGAGUUUAAUAGGCUAAAUAUCUAGGAUUCAAUAUUUAUUUUAACUGCAUUGAGUUAUCGAGGGAUGUGGUUUACAGUUUUUUGAAAGUAUGGUUUUUUAUUGAUUUUUAUUUAACGUUUCACUUUAAAUAAAAUAUUUUAUUAGAUUAAGAAUUUGAAAUGAAUUUAUUUUUUCCUUAAAAUAUUUUUAAUUGGAUUCAUCUUCUACAAGAAUAUAAGAAAUACAAUGUUAUUUUAUUAAUCAUUUGUAAAAGUUCUUUCAAAGUUCUCAUAACAUUCGAAUAAAUAUUAACAAUACAUCAAAUUCUCUAUAAAUAAUCUUUAAGUCUAACAAUACAUCAAAUAGUUAUGGUUUUCUAUUUUUUUUUGGUUUAACCUAAAUUUUGGUGAUAAAAAAAAAGAAAAAAAUUUGAUAAUAGAAAAAAGGAAACAAUUACGAAAUUUAUUAUUUUUCAGAUUUUUGUUAAUGUGAAUUUGAAGAAUCAUAAAAAUAACAAAUAUUUUUAAUGAUACUUGCUUAUUGUUCUUUAAAAAAAAAUUGAAUUUUCUUUUUCGAUUUUUUUAAAAUUAUAAAAUUUAAGAAGAAAUUUAUUAAAAAUCUAAUAAAUUCAAGAAAAUAAAAUAUUGUGAACAAAGUAAAAUACUUAUAAUAUUUAUGAAUUGUUUUAAUAUAAUAACAAAUAUAUAAUUUGUAAAAAAAGAGAAGUAAAUUUUGUAGUAAAAAUAGUAAAAAUUAUAAUUAAAAACAAACUAAAAUUUAUUAAAAUUUAAAAUGUAUUUGUACUGUUUCUUUCAUUUGCUGAUCCGUCCGUAGGGCGGGUCCGGCCCUAGUGACUAAUAUUUGAAAGUUGAUGAUUUUUUUGACUCAAACAUAAGUUGAAGGUUUUUUUGGUUUUAAUUUGAAAGUUCAAGGUUUUAAUGACUGUUUUCUCUUUAAUUAAAGCGUAUAUUUUAAAUUUGUGUCGGAUUAUGUUUUUCUUUUCUUGGAGGGGGAUCAAAUGUGCCACGUGGCAUGUUGCAUGAGAAGUAGUGUGCGUUUCCGAGAAAGAAAACAAAUCAUCGCGCUUCUUCUCCUACCAUACCAAUGUCGCUGCAGAUUCAGACGAUACAUCUUCUAAUCACUUUCUAAAAACAAACAAGACAGAGAACUAGGGGAAACCAAAAUUAGAGAGAAAUGGCUCAGUCGAAACCAAAGGGCGACGCUCCGUUCCGGUUCCCGAAAUGCGAAGCCUCUGUUUUACCCGACCCAUCUCGCUUCUUCAGCAACCAUCUCCUCUCAAACCCUCUUCCUACUAACUCUUUCUUCCAGAACUUCACUCUCGGUAAAGACGACCAACCUGAGUACUUCCACCCUUACCUCAUCAAACCGGCGAAAUCAUCACUCUCCAUCUCGUACCCAUCUCUGUUUCAUAACUCAGACUUCUUCCACGAGGUUUUCAAACCGGACAUUACCAUCUCCGGUUCACCCAUUGACCAGAGUUCCAAACAAACUCAUCAGAUCUCUUCAUUCAGCGAUCUCGGCGUCAAUCUUGACUUCCCUUACUCUAAUCUCAGAUUCUUCCUCGUCAGAGGAAGCCCGUUCAUCACCUUCUCGGUCUCCUGCAACAAGAUCACAAUCUCAACAAGCCACGAGUUCGUGUCCUUUUCCGGAAACAGCUCGUGUACAAAGUACACAGCCAAGCUUAACAACAACCAAACAUGGUUGAUUUACACCACUACGCCUACUAAACUAACCAAAAAAGACAACUCCUCGAUUCAUUGCCGUGGCGAGUUUUCCGGUUUAAUCCGAAUCGCUGUGUUACCUAACUCCAAACCAGAUUUCGAACCGAUCCUCGACCGGUUCAGUCGCUCUUACCCGGUUUCCGGCGACGCUGACUUCACAACGCCCUUCACUUUAGAGUACAAAUGGGAGAAGAGAGGCCACGGAGAUCUCCUGAUGCUCGCGCAUCCUCUUCAUCUAAAGCUAUUGUCAGAAUCAGCCACCGUACUAGACAAAAUCAAAUACAAAAGCAUCGACGGAGACUUAACCGGUGUUAUCGGAGAUUCAUGGGUUCUUAAACCGGACACUGUUUCAAUUACGUGGCAUUCACUCAAAGGAGUGAAACAAGAUUCGUCACGCGAAGAGAUCAUCUCAGCUCUCAUCAAAGACGUUAUCGCAUUAAACUCUUCCUCUCCCGUCUCGAGUUGGACUUAUCACUACGGGAAAGUGAUAGCGAGAGCGGCGAGGCUGGCUUUGAUCGCUGAAGAAGUCUCAUAUCUCCACGUGAUCCCAGAGAUCAGUAAGUACUUAAAGGACAAGAUCGAGCCGUGGCUUGACGGGAGCUUCGGACCAAACUCGUUUGUGUAUGAUCCUAAAUGGGGAGGUAUUAUCACAACGCAAGGAGGGAAAAAUGCACGAGAAGAUCACGGGUAUGGGAUUUACAAUAAUCACCAUGUUCAUCUAGGUUACUUUCUCUACGCGAUCGCUGUGCUCGUUAAGAUCGAUCCUUUGUGGGGGAAGAGAUACAAAUCUCAUGCGUACGCUCUUAUGGCGGAUUACAUGACGUUGGGGAGGAAGUGUGGUGGUUAUGAUUCUGUUUUCCCCCGUUUGAGAUGUUUUGACGUUUUCAAGCUACACUCUUGGGCGGGAGGGUUGACUGUAUUCGCCGACGGGAGGAAUCAGGUGUGUCCGAGCGAGGCUGUGAACGCUUAUUACUCAGCUGCUUUGUUAGGUUUAGCGUAUGGUGACGUUCAUGUUGUUGCGGCGGCUUCGACGAUCAUGUCGCUUGAGAUCCACGCCUCGAAAAUGUGGUGGCAGGUGAAAGAAGAUGACACGAUAUACCCAAAAGAAUUCACUGCCAAGAAUCGUUUGGUUGGGGUAUUAUGGUCAACAAAGAGAGACAGUAGCCUAUGGUUCGGUGAUAAGGAGUGGAAAGAGUGUCGGCUUGGUCAACAGUUAUUACCGUUGACUCCCGUUUCGGAAGUCCUCUUCUCCGAUGUUAAAUUCGUGAAGCAGCUCGUGAAGUGGACUUUGCCUGCGUUGAAGAGAGACGGCGUUCAAGAUGGUUGGAAAGGCUUUGUUUAUGCUUUGGAAAGUGUUUACGACAAAUAUGAAGCUUUACAGAAGAUUCGAGGAUUACAUGAGUUUGACGAUGGAAACUCUCUGAGUAAUCUAUUGUGGUGGGUUCACAGUAGAGACUAGAGACGCUGGUCAUGAAGUCUAGUAAUAAUAAUUAAAGCUAAGAUUCUGCAGUACAAUUCUUAAGUAUUAUCAGACGUGUGUGUGAUCAUGAAGCUAAACAUUUGAUUUGAGUUUAUUAAAAUGUUUUAUUUAAGGAACCUUAACUUUGCCCGCAUUGUUGUAGUCAAUCGGUAGGUGAAAUCUGGAGAUGUGCUAAAACACUUAUUCCGGAAUUCAAGCUCUUUUGAAUUAAAAUCAGGUUUUAGGUUUUAGUCCAUGCAGUUUAAUGGUAAUCCGGUAAUAGAUUAUUCACAAUAUAGUGGUCUUUCGAAGAAAAAUCUACUUUCUUACACUAAAUGUGUUCCUAUAGAAGCUUAUAGUACAAAAAAAAGAGGAAAAUGACUAGCAUUUUCUUCACAAUCAAAGAAUAAAUGAAUCAUUAAAUACAAAAAGAUUGAAUAAAAUUAGGAGUAUAUAGUUGACAUCUUAUUUUCAUACAAUCAAAACUUUUCCACAACUCUCAAGAGACAGAGAGAUGCUGUGACCAAAUGAAUCCUCCCCAGUAAGCUUCUUCUUCUGAUCCCUGUGGACACUAAGUCUAAAAGCUCUGUUCCACCAACCUCUAAACAUCAUUAGCUUCAAUCUCAACCUCCUCGGCCUUACACUUCAGGUUAACAAAUACUUCAAGAGCUUCUCUCAUCCACCAGUUCUGACACACCUCUCUCGCUUCAUC